AUGGUGGAGGAAAACGAACUCACAUCGAGACAGAUGAAGUAUCUGAAGACUCAGAUGGAUACCAUUGAAAUGAAGGUAGCCACCGAGUGUAAAGAGGCAUUCGCUGAGCUUCAAACUUCUCUAAAUCAGUACACAGCCGAUCUGCCAUUAGGAACACCCAUAGUGCCAUUUUUGGAAUACAAGGAUUAUUGUGCGAGGGUAAUACUUGUUUCUAAUCAUUUUUUUCAUUUUUUUCUGAUUUUUUUCUUCCUCAAAAAAGUGCUGUAUAGGUGCUAUUCCCCAACAAUCCGCACAAUCAUCCUGUUCUUCGCGAUCUCGAAGGUGGAUAGCCAAAAGGCAGGUGCGAUCGAAGCUGGUCUACGGGAAUUCCAUAAGUUGCUGAUGAAUAAGCUAAUCCCUAUUUUCAGACAUUUCUUCCUGACGAUGGUGCGAACGAUGGAAUCAAACAAGUACUUCCUCGGAAAGGAUCGUGUUUACGUUGGCUCGUUGGUGAUGGUGGUGCUUCAGGAGAAGAUGGGCUACUGUACGGAGAUGUUGAAGCAGCUGUUACGUGAACUGAUUGAUCGAACGGUGGAGAAGAAGUUUCAGCCGAAAAUCCUCUUCCGACGUAGUGAAAGUGUGGCCGAGCGUAUGCUGGCGGCAUGGUUCACCUUCCUUAUGCACGACUAUUUGAGGAAUUACGCCGGCAAACGUCUCUACGACCUGUAUUGGGGC